AUGAUAAAUACUAAUCAUUUGAUAGGUUAUAACAAAAGAGAUAGAAUUUAAUUUGAGAUAGGACUUUUAAUAUUCUCACUAAUAAAUAUCAUCAAUUCUGGAAAAAUAUAUAAUGAUAAGAUUAAGAACCACUUUAAUAAAUAAUACUAACAUCAAUUGAAAGAAAGAAUAAAUGAAGUAAUUAUGUUUCAAUAAAGUUAGUUUACCUAAUUAAAUCAAAACAUUAAUGACCAAUACAAUCGCUUAAACCACUCCCCUCCUUCUAAUAAGAGAAAAUGUAUAAUCAUUACAUCGUAGAAUUAUUGGGGUUUACCUUUAGAAUUUGAUAGCACCUGUAGAUUUAAAUGA